GCUUGUAGUGAAGGUAAAUCUUGUUAUGUCGGUUGUGAUUUUAAUGGUCUCGUAAGCGCGGCUGCAUGCCAAGAUGGGAGCAUGUUGGGAGCCCAAGAGGACAUUGGUAAUGGAGAAUACAGAUUAGGCGGAGGUGUGCGGUAGUGGCAGCCUGAGACGAAGACAGCGGCGGCCGACCAGGAUGACCGCCAUGUCAGCAGAGGACCACGAGGAAAUAACCGUUGACGGGGCCUCGAGUCGCGAGACUUCCCCCGCGCCGGGUUCCCCCGCCCGCGCCCGCAGUAGCUCCCCGCUCGACCUCAGCAGGGAUGAGGCCCUGCACGCCCGUCACGGGGACGCCCGCAGCCCCAAGGGUCAGCAUGGCAGACUAUCUUUCAGCAUAUCUUCGCUGCUGGAGUCGUCGGGGCGCGCGGCAGCGCUGCGACACAGACUACUGGAGGAGGGAAGUGAGUCCGACCGCGAGUGUGAAGGUGGCUACGCCGCCGAGCUGGAGCGCCGUAGCCGCCACAGUGACAGAGACAGUGAACGGUGUGAGAGAGACAGUGAACGCAGUGAGAGGGAGCGUGAGGGGGACGAACGUGAGAGGUUAAGUUGCGCCGGGAGCGAGGCAGAAGGUGACGAUGAUGACGGCGACACGCGGCCCUUCCAGCCUUUCACCUAUACACACAUGCCCUUCAUGGGCGCCGGCGGCCUCCUGCCGCACUUCAACCUUAUGCCGCCCAUGAGCGCCGCCGCUGCUGCCGUCGCCGUCGGUCUGGGGUCCCACGCCUCCCUACCGCCGAUGUCAGGCCCUGGCAGUGUCAUCCGGGUGCCUGCUCACAGGCCCUCAGUAGGGGGAGCUGGUCCAGGCACUGCCCUGGGAGCCAUGCUGCCCCACAUGGGUGGCGCCCCAUUGCCCUGGUUGGCAGGACUCACUCCCCUAGAACGUACAGCCGCCAUGGCCCAUCAUCUGUCAGCUCUGGCGCCCAUAACAGGUCCCUUCGGCUUCCCUCGUAGGAUCGGUCACCCCUACCAGUCCAGGACGCCGCCCAAACGCAAGAAGCCCCGUACCUCCUUCACCAGAGUACAGGUGAACGAGCUAGAGAAGCGCUUCAACAAACAGAAGUACCUGGCGUCGAGCGAACGAGCCGCCCUGGCCAAACAACUGAAGAUGACCGACGCUCAGGUCAAGACGUGGUUCCAGAACAGGAGAACCAAAUGGAGGCGGACUGGAGAGGGUGAUGGGGGUUACCUACUAGGGCGACAGGAGGCAGAGGACCGCGAAGCUGACCGCCAUGCCACUAACCGCCUCAUGCUGGGUAUGUCAUCAGAAGGUUCGGCGAAGCCCCUCUACCCCGGCCCACAGGACUCCUCCCUCACGCCCUUGCCUUCAGUCCAGAUGCAGAACUCCAGCCCCUCCCUCCCUGCCGUGUGAUGGGCCUCGGGAGCUCUGGCCAACACCUGGUAAACGAUCUAUUGACUGCCGUAGAAAGUCAACUCCUGAAGUCUCGGUAACCAAGCCAUCGACUUUCGGCAGUUUUGUUUCUCUUCAUCUCCCAUUCCUUUUCCUCCCCAACUUGCCUCAGCUCAUAAAGGGAGAGGAGAAAGGAGAAGGGGAGGGAGGGGAGAAGGUGAAGAUGAGAGAAGAGGCUUAUAUAGUGAGAUAAGCUCCACGUGGGUCCCCCUGUACAAGAGGACGCCUGGGAAGGAGCAGGGUUGAAUAUAAUGGUAAAGUAAGUUUCUUCUCUCUUCACCAGGAGGGCAAGAGACAAGUCCUCACGUCGAUGGAGACUCAGGUCAAGAAGCUUAAGAGGAAUAAAGGAAGUUAGACGGAAGUGAAUGUAACCAAAAAAAAAAAAGACAAAAUUCACUAUAAACAAACAAGUGACUGGAUUAGUUACUCCAGCCUCGAGUGUAUGUAAUAGAAUAUGAACAGACAGUUACCAGUAUUGAAGAAAAGUGACAAUCGUUAAUGGAGUUAAUAAUGUAUUUCCUGGGUUUUUGAACGUGCUAUUAGUCUCUAGUGAAGUGAAUAAAUGCAUAAACAAUCAAUGAAAACCAAGGGAAACUAGGUACGGGAAGUGAAAGAAAUGAAUGGAUUUUUCAAGAUAUCAGUGAAGGAAGUCAACACGAGCCAUAAACCUUCGACAUAGUUCUUCACUCUCUUCAUCUUGGUCUGUGUUCGGUCUUUUCAUAGUUGUUGUUGACAUUUUUAUUUUGUUUUUCUGUGUAAAACUUUGGCGUGUGUGGCUCCGAUAAACACCCAUCACAGAAGUUAAGAGGGAAAAGAAAUAUGACAACAAUGUAUUAUGGUGUAUGAGAGUGAUAAUUACAUAGACAGUACUGUACUUUGCUGUAGCCCAUGGUUUAGAAUAUUUUGAUGUUUUGUAGUUAGUGUCAUUUAUUAGUGAUUGUGAGUGAAAAAAAUAAAUAAAUAAACUUUUAGCA